GAGAGAGAGAGAGACAGCAAAGCAAGGGACGUGAAAGCUGAGCGGUACCUACCAAAUCCGUCCCAGCUAGCUCUAUCUAUUAUCUGUAACCACUCCUCCCUCUCUCCCUCUUCACCAACUUGGUCAAAACCCCCUCUCCCCCCCCCCCCCCCCCCCUCUCUUAGGAUCCAGACUCUCUCUCUCUCUCUCUCUCUCUCUCUCCGCCCAUCUUCAAACAUUCUACAUAUAUAUGAAAGCCCCUUCUUCCCUCUCUCUCUCUCUGCUCUCUUCUCUUUUCAAGUGCCUGGCUACAGCACUCAUCUCUGUGGUCGGCCUGAAUAAUCCGACGGCGGGAUAUAUAUAGAUUGAUUGAUAGAUCAUUGGAGAGGUUAGGUGAAUAUAUAUAUACAUAUAUAUAAAAUAUGGCCCGGUCUCCUUGCUGCGAGAAAGCCCACACUAACAAAGGGGCGUGGACAAAGGAGGAAGACCAGCGCCUCAUCAACUACAUCCGUCUUCACGGCGAGGGCUGCUGGCGUUCGCUCCCCAAAGCCGCCGGGCUUCUUCGAUGCGGCAAGAGUUGCAGACUCCGGUGGAUUAACUACCUCCGCCCAGACCUUAAGCGCGGAAACUUCACCGACGAAGAAGACGAACUCAUCAUCAAGCUUCACAGCUUGCUCGGAAAUAAAUGGUCUCUGAUUGCCGGACGAUUGCCGGGAAGAACGGACAACGAGAUAAAGAAUUAUUGGAACACUCACAUCAAGCGGAAGCUCCUCAGCCGCGGACUCGACCCUCAAACGCACCGUCCCCUCAACGGCGCCACUGUAGCCGCAGCAACCACUGCCACCGCUAGGAACGCCUCUUCGGCGUCAGUGCCAGUAGCUGAAAUUCCUCUGCCGAACCCAUUCGCCGAAAAGGAAAAGAGUAGUCCGUUUUACAGCAACAAUAUCAACAGCUUCAAGCUGGGUUCUCAUGAUUCUUCCAUGGAAGAAGAAGGUAAUUGCAGAAGUGGCGUAACAGAAGAAGGGCAGCAACAGAAGCAAGAGCAAGAGUGCCAGGAACUCAACCUGGAGCUCUCGAUAGGGUUGGUUCCGUUCCGGUGUAAUCCCCAAACAACGUCGUCUUCGAGCAGUAGUACAUCAGAGCAGCCCAAGCACAAUGAGAAAUUACAGCAGGUUCCGUACGAGUUCAUUGCGGUGAUGGCGCCAUUAGCGCCGGCGGCUGGGGCGGGGGAGAACAUGAUGGGUGGCGCACUACAGGGUGUGUGCGUGUGCUGCAAUCUAGGGUUUCAGGGCAGUCAACCCUGCUGUAAUUGCAAAACCCCAAAUGGGUUCUUCAACAGAUAUUACACAACAUUAUGAAUGGAACCACAUGUUAAUUUUUCAUUAA